UCCGUGGCGUCAGGUAGGCGCACCCAGAGCUAAGUCUCGUUGUUCAGGUUGCUAGAUCUGUAAUUUUGUCUUUAAGCGAUUUCAUUGUUUUAAUAACCAGUGUAACGACAACACAGAAACAACGUUAUGUUCUUUUUGUAGCGUACGUUGUUUGUUUACCUUAUUAUGUUAAUCUCAUUUAUAAUAUUUUACAUGAAUUUCUGUCCUUCUGUUUAAAACACUGCGUCUAUAAUUUGACCCAAUUAAUAUAAAAAUCACUGUGUGUGUGUGUGUGUGUGUGUGUGUGAGAGAGAGAGAGAGAGAGAGAGUGAAUGAAGGGAAUUAUUUUCAUCCGAUGAUGUAACGUUAUAUUAGGAGAUAAUUAGACUAAGAUAAUUAGGAAAGUAACAGCAUAAAACAGCGUUAAAAAGCGUUAUGAAACUCUCGCCUACGCCUUUGUCGUGUGCUUUUUAUAUGAUAGCAACAGCAGCCAACUCGGUUUAAGAAAAACAUUGAUCACUACACAUUAAUGCAAAAUCUUUGGGACGUUGCUGUUAUAUUCAAGAAUGUGUGCUCGUAAACAUUAAUAUUAAUUAUCAUCAAUAAUAAACAUCCACAUUUAGUAGGCUACUUAGGUAUUUCAUAAUGUAGCUUAUUGUUAGCGAAAUAUUCUCAGUUAUGCUCUUAUUAUAUAAUAUAAUUCUCUAUUAUUAUUUAUUCAUUUAUUAAUUUGUUUCUAAUUUAUUAAACACUUGAUUAGGAAAUACAAAAGUUAAAAAACAUACGUCAAGGAAAAGAGCCAGUGGUUCAAGGAUGGCCAAACAAUACACAGCAAUUAAAAUUCGAGAGAGAGAGAUACAUUAAAAAUAAAUAAAUGAGAAAAAUAAAUAAAUAGCCUAAAUAAAUAAAUCAGCAGAUCACAUAACAAUAAGCAUAACAAUCUUUCCUACAAAACAUAAAUUCAUAUUAUUAAAUAAAAAUGACCAAAGAUGAGCACACAUUAAACGUUUUAGUUGUCUUUCUGUUACAGGAGGUAGACAUAUGUGACCCUGGACCACAAAACCAGUCAUAAGGGUAAAUUUUUUAAAAUUGAGAUUUGCUUCAGGACAAUAUCUGGCCGAGAUACAACUAUUUGAAAAUCUGGAAUCUGAGGGUGCAAGAAAAAUUAAAAUAUUGAGAAAAUCACCUUUAAAGUUGUCUAAAUAAAGUCCUUAGCAAUGCACAUUACUAAUCAAAAAUUAAAUUUUCAUAUAUUUACGGAAGGAUUUUUGGCAUAAAUGAAAAAUCGAUAAUUUUGACCCAAACAAUGUAUUGUUGGCUAUUGCUACAAAUAUACCCGUGCUAUUUAUGACUGGUUUUGUGGUUCAAGGUCACAAAUAGUUCUCUGUUAUGGAUCCGUGACAAGUGAAACCAUGACUGACUGCAGAGGAGGCGGAGCUUCAGAUAAAUACAAUGGCGGGGUGGACUGACAUCUCAAAGCUCGGCAGGUGUAAUCGGGACAGGAUCUCUGCUGUUGAUCUCCGACCGCUUCCCCGACCUACAACAGAGGACUUCAUCUCGAAGUUCAUCUGGUGUGAUUGAGGGGUUUACAGAGGAUUUACCUGUUACCACCGGCCGUGGACCGUGAUAUGAACCUUAAAGUGUUGUGCCUGUCUCUCCUUCUUUCUGAAGCCUCCUGUUUCAGGAAUUCAGAGAUUUACCUUUUACCAACGACCGUGGACCUUUAUAUGAACCUGAAAGUGUUCUGUCUGUCUCUCCUUUUUGAAGCCUACUGUUUCAACCUCUCCAGAACCUGUUUGCAGCCGCCGCGAAUGUGAUAUGAACACACUUCAACUUCGAGUGACAGUAUUCUGCCUGUUUCUUAUUAAAGCACCCUGUUAUACUGAGUUUGAGAUUACUGUUCCUAGAGACACUGUCACUGGGUUUUACGGCGAGGCGCUGAUCCUCCCCUGCAGCUUCCCUGUGGACAGCUCAUGGGAUCUGAGAAGCACCCUCAUCCUCUGGCAGCGUGGACUGGAUGUUGUUCACAGCUUCUACUACAGUCGGGACCAGCUCGACCGUCAGAAUCGGCAUUAUGUCAACCGCACCAGUCUGUUCAUUCAGGAGAUGGCAAGAGGAAACGCAUCACUCAAACUGGACGAAGUCAGUCUUCAGGACGCCGGCAUGUACACCUGCUCCAUCAGCACGAACACUGGCAGCCAGAAGAAGAGCUUUGGAGUGAAUAUUGCAGCGUUCUACUCUGAACCUCGUCUGCAGUUCUCAUUGUUAACUGAUGGAGUGAAUCUUCUGGUGACCUCAGAUGGGGGUUACCCUUCUCCCACACUGCAGUGGCUGAUGGAGAACUCAGACAUCACUAACCAGACACAAACACGCCUCACGCAGGACACACAGACAGGACUUUAUGUUGUGUCAAGUUGGAUAAGUCUCACCGAAGUGUCAAAUUCCUCUUUGACGUUCAUACUGCACAACAAACACCUGGGACAAGACAUCAGGAGAGACAUCCAGCUCUACUCCGAUAAGAGUGAGAGGCAAGGAGAGUCAGCAUACAGAUGUCAUGUAUGCUUCAUAUAUAUCCCAGUUAUUCUGCUGCUGCUGCUGCUGAUCGUGAUGAGUGUAUUGUUUUUGUUUAUUAAAAGAAGAGAACAGACCAAACAAAAUGGCUUUACGGAAAUGGGACACCCUUCUGAAAUUCAGAUUCUUAAUGGAAAAAGUUCAAUAUGUCCGUAAUGGUUGUUACAAAAUUACUUCAACUAGCAGUUACCCUAUUAAUGAAACUUAUGAAUGACAAGAGAACAGACCAAACUAAAUGGCUUUACGGGCAAUGGGAUUCCAUUCUGAAAUUUAGCCGCUUAACGGAAAAAAUAAAAUGGGACUCAAAUUCUCAAUAGAAAACAACCCAGUGGGGUUUGAAGGAGACAUGGAAUGUAGAAGAUCACUGUUGGAUUAUAUGUAAACUUUUAAAUAUUAAAAUUUAAUAUGUUUAGUGUUAUUUUCAUCAGACACACAAGCUUACCAUCUGUAAUACAGGACAUACUGCCUGGUUUAAGUUACAUUUGCCAUAUCCUUACUGUAAAAACCCUCCUCCAUCUAAACAUUAAUUUUUACUAUUUAUUGUAUAUAUUAUUUUUCGUAUAAUUCUUGUGUAGGGAGUGAAAUUAUUUCCUUAUGAAAUUAACUCCUCAUGAAGCCAAAACUCAGGAACUCACAGAUUCCAUGCAAUAAAACCAUAAAACUAAUCUGGGGAAGGGAUCUCCAAAGAGACCAAAAAAUACCUCUCUCUCUGUGCUCAUUUACGACCCCAUUCUCCACCCUGCCCUCUCUACCUCUCUCUCUUUUCCCCCAAAAGGCUUCACUCAAAGUUCAUUAAGAAUCUUAUGAACCCGUUGUUUUUCACCUUCAUGUUUGGUAUCAUUUUAAAUGUCUCUGUGUGACCUUUAAAGGUCUCUGUGUGGUCUCAAUUUGACAGUAGUCACUUGUAUUAUGAGAAAUACUGAAAACUUUAGUGAAUUCUGUACUUCUGUUGUGGCCGCCCAAAAUCUGAUAAACAUUGCUCUACACCAGGUGUGACCAUUUGAGCACGGGAACCAAAAAACUAAAAGGUCUUUUAUGUUUUUACAACUGAUCUGAAGAUUUCUUUGUGUUUGCUACCUGGGUAUAUAAGGGAAGUGACAAAACACUACUUUGCGAUUCUGUAGCCAGAUCAGCCCGUAGUGUGGAGUGGAUUUCAUAUGUUCCAUACUAUGUGUCUUCUUGAAGUCAGGUAUAUAUUUUACCCUUAGAUUCAUCUUUGAACAACUGAUGUUAUGUAUUUUCUUAUUUCUAAAUUGGCUUCUAAUUAUUUUCAUGAUGUAAUUGGCAUGAUACAACUUUACCUGACUAAUAAUAAAUUGUUAUAUUUGAUUUAUUCUGAUCUCUUCCGAAAUCAUUUUUUUCUACACUGUAAAAAAAAUAAAGUUGAGCCAAGUUAAAAUUUUAAGGCAACCAGCUUCAGCAGAUUUUUGAGUUUUGUCAACAAGUUUAUACAACAAAAAUUUGAGAAUCUCCCACAAAAAUAAGUUAAGCAAACUCAAAAAUCUGCUGAAGCUGGUUGCCUAAAAAUUUUAAGUUGGCUCAACUUUCUUUUCUUUUUUUUUCACAGUGUAGUAGAUUAGAGUUGUAAUCUAGUGUUUCCACAAAUCUGCGUCCAGGACAGAUCAUACUUACGUAGCCUAUGAAUGAAGCGGGGGCUCAUCAUUAGGGAUCUUCUGAUUUCUGCCUGGCACUGACUUAACAAGUUACAGUUUUCGUGAUUACAGAAAGAACCCAGUCAACAAUUUGAUCUCACAGUGAUCUCACCAUGAGCUCUCAGGAUACUCGUGAUGAGGUAUUAUUAACAAAAUACCUUUGAAACUUUCAGAAUUCAUUGUCAAGCUUUUCUAGGGUGGAAUUUGAUUUACAAACACAUUUUUUUUAUUUGGAACAAUAAGGACAUUUCAUAUAAACAAAAGUCUAUUUUUUUUAAUCUGGUUUCAAAAUAACAUUGUUUUGGUAGACCAAUUAUUUAAAAGAUUAAAUUAUUAGCAAUUCCCACAACUCUCACCCAAUCACUCCCCUAUAGGUAAAAUAUGUUUUUUCUAUCAUUGUUAUAAUUAUAACAGAUCAAUAAGAGCCCUUUUCAGAAGUAUGUUGCUUCGAAACCAAAUGUAAUUGCAUAUUGGAAUCAAUUUGUGAGUGAUGUUGAUUGGAAAAAAAAUCUGGCUUCUGUCCAAUCACUAUCUUUUAACAAACAACGUCUAUGCUGAUGUUGCGGCUGGUCAAGCUCUGUGCUUGUUUCUGUACGAUAUAAUUGUACAUAUUAAAAUACUGAUAUGGUCUAUAACUCC